CCCUCCCCUUCCUCUCAGGCGCGCUCCCAGGAGCCCCCGCGGCCGGAAGCGCGCGCGGAGCGAGACGUGUCGGGCAGCGGCGCGAGCGGGGCCCGGCCAGCGCGAUGAUCACGGACGUGCAGCUCGCCAUCUUCGCCAACAUGCUGGGCGUGUCGCUCUUCCUCCUGGUCGUGCUCUACCACUACGUGGCCGUCAACAACCCCAAGAAGCAGGAGUGAGGAGGCCCCGCAGGGCCCCGCAGCUGCGCCACGCUGGCCGGGACGGAGCGGGGCCUGGGGCCCGGGCGACUGCCCAGAGCGCUGGCUGGCCGCCCCGGCUCCGCGCUGAAGUGGGACGGCACGCUUCUUCCAAACAAACUUUAAUAGAAAUGCAGUACAAGACAAAA